CUUAAUACUGCUUGUCCCCAUCUAAAAAUGGCAGACUUUUUGCGCUACGAUCACGUGGUUAUUUUGCCAUAAAAAUUGUUGACUGCCAAUUAUGACUCGCUUUUAAUAUUUUUUUUGGAUGUAUAUCUAUAUGAUGUUUAAUUAAUUCAACCGACAGAUCUUCUCCUUUACAUAUCUGUUAUAUUUACCAAUGUCGAAGUUUAAAGUCGAUGUCAUAUAUGCUAAUAAGAUCGAUAACUUUGAGGAAUUUUUUAAAACGAAUAUUUAUACUCAGCGGAAACCGGUUGUUAUAAAAGGACUUAAUGUUGGAGUUGCUACUGAGAAAUGGGACGUGUCUUAUUUGUCAGAAAAUGUUAAAAAGGCUCCUGUUCAAAUACACGUUUGUCCUGUAGCAGAAAUGGAUUUUAUAAACAAGAAUUUUUUGUAUAAGACAAUUAAUUUUGAUGAAUUUUUGGCUAAAGCUGAAAGUAAAGUUCAAUCAAGUUUCUUUAUUUGCUCUGAGGAAAAAUAUUACCUUAGAUCGUUAGGAGAAGAUAUCAGAAAUGACGCUGCUGAUAUAAAGAAGCAAUUUCCAAAACUAUCACAAGAUCUUAUUAUUCCAAAUUUGUUUGAUGAAAGUAGUUUUUUUUCUAGUAUUUUUAGAAUUAGUUCUUCUGGCUUGAAACUUUGGACGCACUACGAUGUCAUGGAUAAUAUAUUAUUACAAAUAAAGGGUACAAAAAAAGUAGUUUUUUUUUCUCCCAAUGAUGCUUUGAAUUUAUACUUGAAUGGUGAUAAAUCAGAAAUAAUUGAUAUAAAAAAUACAGAUUAUGAAAAAUAUCCAAAAUUUAAAAGUGUUAACAGGUACUCUUGCAAAAUCUAUCCUGGAGAUGUUCUAUUUAUUCCUGCACUUUGGUUUCAUAAUGUUACUGCGAUUGAUUUUUCAAUUUCGGUGAAUGUUUUUUGGAAACAUCUAAAUGACAAAAUGUAUAACAAAAAAGAUAUUUAUGGAAAUAAAGAUCUAGUUCCUGCAGAAAAAGCAAUGCAAAGUUUUGAUAAAAUUAUAAAACUCCUUGAAGAACUUCCUAUAGACUAUAAAGAUUUUUAUAUGAAACGCCUAAUACUGAAAGCAGACAAAGCCAUAAAUAAGUGGAGAUUAGAUGAACAAGUUAAGUUAAACAAGGUUUAACCAAUUAUAUUUAUCUGAACAGAAAACUAAAUCUGAUAUUAUCAUCAGAUAAUAGUUAAUUAUGGCGCACAUAUUAUUUUAGAAAAAGUUUUAGUGAUAUAAUCUGUAAAUUAUAUUACAAAAAUAUAAUUAAACUAUAACUAAAACAAAUAAA